GCGGGAAUACAGAGAUUCCCGCGCCCUCCUUCCGGUAGUCAUUCCUGCCCCGUGGCGCCCUGACCCAGGCCCACGAGGUUCCCUCGAGCAAGAACUCCCGCCCUACUUCCUAUGCCCCAGCUCUCUCCGAGGCGGCCGGCACGCGCCUCAGCAGCCGACGCGACCCGGCAACCAUGGCAGCUCCAGGAGCGCGGGCCCCGCGCGGCGCCGGCUCCUCGCCCCCAGAAAGCCGCGGCAGCGACUUGGAGCGUCCUCCCCCGGGACCAGGACGCCGCUCCGCGUCUCGCACCGUCUCCCCCAGCCGCCCGCGCCAUCUCUCAGCAAGGACUCCGGUCGCACCCUCUUCCUCUUCCACCGUCUAGGACCUGCGCGUAUUACCUGGUUCAUCUCUGAAGAGAUGGAAAAACUCAUGUCUGGUGCUUCGAUGGGGAGUAGGAGGAAGCGGGCGGGAAUCGGCGCAACGGAAAGCGCCUCGAGGCCGCGGAGGGGGGGAGCGGUCGAGCGGGAUGAGGAGCGGAGGCUGCGAGGAGGGGGCAGGGCCACCGAGGGUUCGUGGGGACUCGCUCACUCGCUCGCUGGCACUGCCGCGCCAAAGCAGCAGGCGGAGAAACUGCCGAGCAGCUCUGAGCGACCGACCUCCACGCGCGUCCCGGAGACACUGCUGCCGCCGCCGCCGCCGCCGCCGCCCGCUCGCGCCGCACCCCCUCGCACGUCACCACGUGCGCCGCCGCCGCCGCCGCCAAUGCCUCCAGGCUGCUUCCGGCUCGAACCGUCGGCGAAUCACAAGCGAGCACCAGAAAGCUCCGGCUCGCGGCCCCGCCCACCGUUCGCCCCGCCCCGUCCUUCUCCUUCGCCCCCUUGGGUUCGUUCCCUUCCUGCUGGGCUCAAGGCGGCUAUCCCUUCGGAGAACAGUCCGUUCUUUGCUGGUCUUGCCCUCUUUUGGAAAAAGAAAACAGCCUGGAGAACCUGCAGUCCCUAUCCUAACCUUCUGGGGCCAUUUAGACCUCAUACCAAACCUAGUUAUCCACCCUGCCACUUUGCCCCCAAGAGGCAAACCCGUUCCAGGGACACAUGAGGUAUACUGGGCUCUGACGGCAACUUCAUGUGACUGAAGAGCAUGCUGGAAAGUUUCCUAGAUUAAAGGCAACUCCAGACUCGAACCUAUCCAAUUACUAUAUAAUCCAGAUGAAAACUUCAAAAUGGAACACUGGCAAUUUCAACCCUAUCAGGAGUGAAGCCUGACUGAACCUAGAAAGGCAAUAAACCUUCCUUUGGAGACUUUCUCCUAAGAGAGGAGUUUCCAUGAGCCAUUGCUGGCAACAGCGGUCAGGAAUCCGAUGAUCCUCCUCCUGGCGAAUCAUUGGAAGGUGAAUAAUAGCCUAACUUUACAUCACAACACGUGCGUCUGCGUGGUUCACUGUUCACUUCGCUUCGCUUCAUCUCAUCCUGGAGGCAUUUUAUCCUCUCCGUCAUCACAAGAAAGAUCACUCUUCCCAGCCAGGCCAGCCUCCUCUUCAUUCCAAGAGCACAUUAUAUUCCUGUAGCAGGUGCAUCUCAGACCAUGAGAACACAACUCUGCCACAUACUUGAAAAUUCCAUCAUCACUGCCUUGACAAUGUGUACAGUUAAUUGGAAUGUCACUGCUCAAGUCUCAGAAUCUUGCCUGGGUGCCUCCGCAUGUGAGAGGAGCCAUGUAGAAAAAUAUGGGAAUGACUUCAGCACAAAAAUGGAUGGGAAUGGAGAAGUGGUGGCUUCCUGAGCUGCGAUGGACAGGAAGUCCAUGUUCACAGACACAUCUCUCUGCCUUUACUGGGAUCACUUCCAAAAAUGAAAGGAUCCCCAGAAAAGCGACCAAUGCAUGGUGACCUGAAAACCUUCUGGGGGCUUUGCUUUGCCUGGUUUGAAAUGGUGACACAUAAGCUUACACUGGUUAAGUAAACAGGCAACAUUGAACAACA